GCCAUGGACACGGCUCCGCAGCCUGCGAGCCGGGCUGCCGCAGGCGGCACAAUGCAUUAGCACACGAUGAGCUGUCAGAGAGGAUUAUUUCAGCCACCACAGUCAGCGAAGGGGGUGGGAGCUGCUCUGCUGCACUGAAGCAAGGAGAAAGAGUGGGUGGGAGACAGAUAAAGGAAAGAGGAAUCACACAGAUACAGGGAAGAGCAGAAAGAGUCAAACAAAAAAACAAAGCAAAACAACAACAACAAAAAAAAGUGUCCGUUGCAUCAGUUGGAUUUUCUUUUCCAGAGCACCGAUGUUGGAGCACUCCUCUGAGCUGGCCCUGGUGCAGAGUCUGUAUGCCAACAGCAUGCGCUGCCCCCCCUCUGCGGCCGGGAUCUCUGUCAGGAAUGAGGACCUGUCUAUGAGCAACGGCAACGGGAGCAAGAUGAAUGGGUCACUGGAGCACAUGGACCAGCCCGAUCCCGACGCAAUCAAAAUGUUUGUGGGACAGAUUCCCCGGUCCUGGACGGAAACGGAACUAAAAGAACUUUUUGAGCCCUUUGGACCCGUGUACCAGAUCAACAUCCUCCGUGACCGGACUCAGAAUCCUCCUCAGAGUAAAGGAUGCUGUUUUGUAACUUUUUAUACAAGAAAAGCUGCACUGGAGGCCCAGAAUGCACUGCACAACAUAAAGACCUUAAGUGGGAUGCAUCAUCCUAUCCAGAUGAAACCUGCUGACAGUGAGAAAACAAGUGCAGUGGAAGACAGAAAACUGUUUGUGGGAAUGGUUUCGAAGAAAUACGGCGAGAACGAGGUCAGAAUGAUGUUCUCGUCUUUCGGACAGAUCGAAGAAUGCCGAAUCCUCCGGGGACCGGACGGUCAGAGCAGAGGCUGUGCGUUUGUCACAUUUGCUACCAGGGCAAUGGCACAGAAUGCAAUCAAAACCAUGCAUCACUCUCAAACUAUGGAGGGUUGUUCUUCACCUUUGGUUGUAAAGUUUGCCGACACCCAGAGGGACAAGGAGCAGCGGCGCCUGCAGCAGCAGCUCGUGCAGCAAAUUCAGCAGCUUAACAACGCCUCCACCUGGGGAAACCUGGCAGGGCUGGGAACCCUGACACCGCAGUAUCUCGCGUUGCUCCAGCAGGCGACAUCAACCACUAAUCAAAGCAGUUUCAACGGCAUUCAGAGGCUAGGAGGUGUGAAUCCUCUUCAGCUGCAAAACCUGGCCACAUUGGCUGCAGCCGCAGCUGCAGCCCAGAGCUCUGCCAGCCCGACUUCAACCAGCGCUCUGUCAACAAGCAGCGCAGCACUGGGGGCUCUCGCCAGUCCAGGCUCAACAGCAGGGUCCAGUGCUGGUGCUGCCAUGAACACCCUGGCCUCUCUGGGCACACUGCAGGGUCUUACUGGCACCUCUGUGGGCCUCAACAACCUUAAUGCUCUCACUAGCGGUGUCAGUGGUAUGGGGGCCAUGAACGGAGGCCUGGGAGCCUCCAUGGCCAACGGCUCGGCUGCAAGUUCCAUGGAUGCACUGACACAGGCCUACUCAGGGAUGCAGCAGUACACGGCCUCAGCCCUGCCCUCCCUCUACAGCCAGACUCUGCUGCAGCAGAGCGUGGCUGGCAGUCAGAAGGAAGUAGGGCCAGAGGGCGCCAACCUGUUCAUCUACCACCUGCCGCAAGAGUUCGGGGACCAGGAUCUUCUGCAGAUGUUCAUGCCUUUCGGAAACGUGGUCUCUGCCAAAGUCUUUAUUGACAAACAGACCAAUCUGAGCAAAUGCUUUGGGUUCGUCAGCUAUGACAAUCCUGUCUCCGCGCAGGCUGCCAUUCAGGCCAUGAACGGUUUCCAGAUCGGCAUGAAGAGGCUGAAGGUUCAGCUGAAGCGCUCCAAGAACGACAGCAAACCCUACUGAUCCUUGCCUGGGGCCUCCGCCCUAGCCCCCUCCCCAGCUCAGUUCUAGCACUGCUAGGAACAAAUCUCCAUGCCUGUUUGCUCAUCAUUAGCCUAGCAUGUCUUCAUGAUGUUGAAAGCCAAGCCAAACUCCCUCUCCCUGGCCUCAUCAUCCCACCAUUGUCUGUGAUGUCUCUCUAAGCUCGCCUGACCAAUACCCGGCCACCCACUGACCCUGACCUUAGCUCAACCUGAUUUUUCUGCAUGUAUGAUCAUGUUUUUUUUUUUUUUUUUUUUUUUUUUUUUGAUUUUUUUUUCGCUUUAUUUUUUUUUUUUCUAUAAGAAAAUGUGACGGGCAGGAGAGAGGUCAAGCAUAUUAAUGUGAAAACUUAGCUGCAAUGAUUUCAUUGAAGAGAUGUUUUUUCUUUUUUUCCUGUUAAUAUUUUAAAAACCUGUGGGAUUUCUAAUUUUUAAUUUAGCUAUGUAUUUUCUUUUUACCUCUCUCAGUAAUAGUUCACUUGAAAGUUGAAUACAGGGAUUGGCACACAUAUGUGCCAUUUGGUGCCAUUAGCAAUAUUUUGGCUUCUUAAAGGAAAAAAA